AUGGAACUAAAUUUUUUACACAAUUUUAAUUUUAGUAUUUUAGGUGAUAAGAAUUUAAUAAUCGAAAAUCAAAGAGGUCUCAUCUUGUUGGGCUACCCAUUUUUCUCUCCAAGCUUAUUGCUACCAAUUUUAGAUCCCCCUGAAUUUCAACUAGUAUUCUUAAAAGAUAAUCUAUCCAAUAUUGCCAAGAUUACUUGUCUCAAUAAAAUCUCGAAUAAAACUUCAAACUGUUUAGAUCAAUUGUUUCCUCUAGACAGUGAAUGCGUCAAGGAAAAACAAAAAUGGUACGUGCUAAUGGCUUGUGACGACAUAGACGAUCAAGGUUGGUGUUACAGUUGGACUUUCAAUAAUAGAAGAUGGAAAUCUAAAAAUGGUAUCGUCAGAAGAAGGAUUUGGAUAAAACUACCCGAAUUGAAUCCCUUAAAAUAA